UCAUCGGUGGAAAGACCUGUUUAUACCCAGGGUAUCGUUACCCUGAAUAGAACACUCCCGUCGUAGGGACACAGUCCACAGGUGGGAUAAGACUGUCUCGUCCCUGACAGUAUUUGGAUGUAUAUAAAGGACACGAACGAUACAAUUACAGAUGGAAACGUAAUGGAAGUUGGCCGAACAGAGCCGCGAUGUCUGUACAAUGCAGUAUCAUGCUCCUGGUCUGUACAUUUGCUGUGUGGGAUUUGAGCACAGGAUUACAGGAAAAUGCUGAAAAUGUAGAAACGAUUACAACGUACAGGUCAUCGCGUUACACAGUGAAGUGUGGUUUUUGGAAGUGGGGUCGGUGCACAAGAUACAGGCGUCGGACAGACAAGAGAUUUGAGUGCAAAACAGGGUACAAAACAACAGAUGACAGAAGUUGCCCCCAUUCUAUAUGUGACAAUCAGAUCAACCCCGAUGCUUGCAACAUCGACUACAGGACUUCGCACAUCGUAUACAACAAUGGCAGGACACAGUACAAGAGUGGGGGGAGCUGUACUUCCCCGGGGAUCUGUACCAACUGUUAUGAAGGCUUUUUCCCAAGCAAUGAAAGAUGCAGAAUAUGCACCGCCAUCAGCAACUGCGACCUAGAGACGUGCACCAGCAGCAGCAACCAGGUGUGUAGUCGCUGUGAGGGGUUCGUGUCGGAGCAGGCAGGACACAGGGCAUAUGUGGCAUCUUCUGACAGGAGAUCAUGCAUACAGGCAUGUUCCUGGCGGAGUGACAGCACCUGGUGUUAUCCCGGGACCUGCAGGAACGAGUACGCCAGCAACUGUGCCUGCUCCAGUGGUUUCACAGGAAGACACUGCCAGACAAUUACAGCGAAGCCGACAAUAAACUCCAACCUCCUGCGACUGACCGCCAGCAACGGAGACGUGGCCGAGGCACCUCCCAACAUCAACAGUGGUCCAUCUCAGUCCACCAGCUGGUCCAACAUCAACUCCCCUUCCAGCAUGUACUACAAGUUCACAGCCGCGUACAGAACAGUUCCUCCUGCCGGACAUCGUUUCAUUGAAGGCUUUAGAGUGGGCAUUGUCAGUGCUUCUGCUACAUUCAAACUAAAGACAGGUGGAGGUGUUGUCUCCACUAAAGUAGUAACCUGUGGAGGAGUCAGCAGAAGCAGCCCGGACACAGACCUGUACACCUGUGAAGGAACCUCACCAGGGGCGUCUGUACUACCUCUACCCUUCCAACACAGAGACGCUAUCGAAUUCUCUUAUGCAACAAGUAAUGGCGGGUAUGUUAAUGUCCGGAACAAGGAGACUAAGACCCUGGCAACCCACUACUACAGCGGUGCUACACAGACCCACACCUUUACUAUGACCAUUGACCUGGUGGAACCCUAUCACUGUACUGGUUCUACUGCCUGUGUUGGCAGCAUGCUGACUGCUCCCAAUGCCAUCAAGUCUCCAACUGUGAACCUCCGCUGGAGUGGCUGGGUAGAUGAUGAUGCAGGUGUUGACCACUUUGUGAGGGAGGUGUAUGAACUCCACGCUGUUGGGGAUGAACUCAGAGAUAAACGUCGGGUUGACACUACCACUUUGACCAGCUCAUCGACGGCAAACAACUACACACUAACGACGGCGGGCGUGUACUCAGUUGUCCUGUCUGCCUAUGACAAGGCAGGUAAUCACAGAAGUGCCAGACGGAUACUGAUAUAUGAUAGUUCGUCGAUUGUCACAACUCAGUCAAAUAAACAACUCCGUGUGACGACUGCAUCUUCAGCAACGUCAGAGUGGCAAACGACAUCAUCAGCAGUGACAGUGGACUGGACCAACAGAUACAUCAACACAGUACAUCACAGCAACAAGUGGCUCCAUGGGGUGGCUUCCAGUGGUGGCGUCGGCUCGGACUAUGAUGACAACGAGGGUGUCAGAAGUGUGGCUGCCAUCAACAAUGUUCAGGGUGUAACACGGUUCUUGUCGUCAUACAAAGUUGACCAUAAAGGAGGAUGGUCCAUCACCAGUCCCCCAGUUAAUAAGGAGUUCGUCAGUCAAGGUCUGAGUCAGUCACAAACUAUAACACCCUCACUUGCCGAUGGUGACACUGUGCGCUUCUGGAUUCGAGCCUAUGACAUCAAGUCGGACUUGAAAGAAGAGAAUGUGACAGUCCACAUCGACACAUCACCUCCAGUCAUAGAGAACCUGUGGCUCACCAGAGGAGACAGACUCAACAUUAGUGUUCACAGCGUAGAGGAAUUCACCGAAAUGACAAUGGAGUGGGUUGCAUACGAUGAGCACAGCGGCCUGGAGGCAGUGUCAUGGCGGAUUGUAGAUAAAUACCGGGGUCGAGACAUCGUGCAUGGAGUGCAGCACAUCACGGCGCAAGGGAACACAAGCUCAGUUUCUGACUGCAAGAACACCUACGCUGGUGCCGCCAGGGGAGCUAACUGUUACUGCACGCCAGCCAAAGGCUGCUACCAUCGUCACUUCCAAGUGAAGCCCACCAUAGUAGACAGAAGUCUCUCACAUGGAGGAAUAUUUAGUGACAAGAGCAAGGGGUCUCACGACUCUGACUACCAUCUAGAGGUCACUGUAACAAACCACGCCAAACUUACAACAAAGAUGGAGUUUAAAGUGACCAUAGACGCAAGUCCCCCUAACCCUGGCACUGUUCACGAUGGUCACUCGGGGAACCCAGAGGUGGACUACCAGCACAACCUUGAAUUCCAUGCACACUGGGACGGAUUCUUUGAUACAGAGAGUGGAGUCAAGUUCUAUCAAUAUAGAUUUAGCCCAAACUGUUUCCAAGAAAGCGACUUUGGAUUAAAUAAAUCUUCAUUGGAGGUUACUGAAACCUAUUCCACAUCCGCCUCCUGGACAGCGCCCUCUGUCGGCAAGUAUCACGUGACAGUGGUGGCCUACAACCGAGCACUGGAAGCAUCCGACCCUGUGUGUUCUGACGGAGUGACCGUAGACACAACCCCACCCAGUGUCAGUGAGGUGGCAGUGAGAGACUCCAGAGUGGUGGAGGGCCUCGUCAAGUCAUCAGCUGGGGAUGUGUGGUUGAUCGACACCCACAGAAGACGUACCCUGAUAGUCACUCUAAAUAAGAGCUGCAGUGCCAAGGCCACGCCAGUAGAUGACGGGAAGCUUUCCCUGUUUCCAAUACAUCGCUACAACAACGGAAGUGGGAUGCAACUCUACAACACUGACUGUGAAUCUCUCCCCGCUUUGCCCGCCACCUUCAUCAACUCACUCUACGUCUACAGAGAACACCAUCUCUUUGUAAACUGGACUGGCAGUGACACAGAGAGCGGUAUCUAUGACUACGAGCUGGGGCUGAUGUCAGAUCCUUCUGGUGAAGCAGCUCCCGAUAUCCUGCCCUACACGUCCACUCAUCAUCAUCCUCAGUAUCAGGGCUACCAUCCUCGUCUCAGUGAGGGGCAGCAGUUCUAUAUAGCCAUCAAGGCCAUCAACAAAGCUGGUGCCUCAACCAUCAGAGUUGUGGGCCCCGUAAUUGUACAUACAACAUACCCUCUGUUUUCUGGAUCAAUGACGAUGACGUUGAGACACAACUACUUGAUAGCACGUUGGCCAGUGACAGCCUUCACCGAUACUGAGUAUCUACAAUAUGAGGUUGCAGUAGGAUCUAAGGACGGUCAGUCGACGCUUAUCCCCUUCACGGCGCUGCAGUCGGGAGGAGGCUGUACACUGACGUCUCCACCCACGUGUACAGCUGUAGCCCUCACAGACCUCCACUGGGAUCUCCACCACAGCCACACCUACUUUGUGUCGGUCAGAGUCACCAACAUAGUAGGGCUGUCCACAGUGGCAGUGUCUGAGCCCUACGUCCACGACGUCAUGCUGCCGUUACGUGGUGUAGUUGAAGACGUCAUUCCAGUUGGAGAAGAAUCCUUGUUUGAAAUAAACGGUAUGGACGACACUGACUACCAAAUAUCAACACAAACUUUAAGAGCUAGAUGGUAUGGAUUCGACAAUGGAAUAACUGCCAUCACGUACAAACUUGGAAUUGGGUCUCAACCUUUUGCAACAGACAUUCAGGAACAUGUGGACGUUGGAAACACAACCUUUCAUUCUUUCACUGGCUUGGGCCUACAUGAAAAAAAGAAGUAUUUUGUGACUGUCGUGGCGGCUGGAGGUGGAGGAGAGAUGACGGUGUCCUCUGACGGCGUGACGAUCAUCAGGCCAGAUGUUGAUGUCACAGAUGUGACUGUCAGAGACGGGCCAGGAUGCGGUGAUUCUGUUACGGUUGCUUUGCGAAGUGCAGUGAACCAGACGAAUUGUUCACGAGAUGAUAUAUAUCAAGUGUCCACAUCAACAUAUGCGGCCCGCUGGAAUGGAAGCAACUGGCUCAGUUAUCCUGAUGCCAAGUGGAGUUUGCAAAAGAAAGUUGCUCGAACUGAAGACUUAUGGGACACUGAACGAGCCUUUGAGCCUCUUGGAUCAUCUGAGAUGGUUGUAAUUGGCGGUUUAUCUCUAGAAGCAGGGAAUACAUACAGAGCUGCUCUCAAGUUCUGUGUUGUUAACGUAUGUUCUAAAACCAUCUACAGUGACGGCGUGACUGUCAUACCGCAUCCCCCAACACCAGGCAAUAUAUCUCUGACGUACCGUGAAUCUGUAGAUGGACAAGCACAGAUCCAGGUGAUGAUGUCUCGGUUCCGUGAUCCGGACAUACCGGUUCUAUCAGAAGCCUAUGACGUCAUGGACAGAUACGAGUGGGGACUGACAGAUAACAGCCACAACAACAACAUGUUCAUCAACUGGCAGGAGGUGGAUGAACAAACCAUUUUCAGCGGAGGCAUUGAUAAGAUCAAGUUCCAGAUAACCCUACCCCAGCAUCUCGACUUUACCAAGUGCAGAAGAGUGUCAGUGAGGGGCUACAACCAAGCUGGCUUAUACACGAUCGUGUCAGCGGAUGUCAAAGACUGUACAGCAUAUGAUCCUCCAAAUAUCGUGUCCGCAAUUGUCCUAGAUGUUAUCGGGGAGCUCAAAGAAGAUGUCGGUCAUGGAAUAAGCCUAGAACAGAAUAGUCACUGGCAUGAUGCUGACUACACCCCAUACAAGAACAUCCUGUCUGCUGUGUGGCCGACUCUACGUCACAGGAACUACACGUGGGCAGUGGUGUCAGGUGACCAGGUGGACCCCUCAUCUCACUACAAGAGAGAGAGUCUGAUGACCGUCACUGAUCCCUGUAGCAUGCCAGAUGUCAUCAGGUGUGGACACACAGUCAACGAGUUCAUCAACGUCGAGUUUGCAGAGCUGUCCUACCUCAAACAUGGCAAGAGAUUUUAUGUGUGCAUCCACGCCGAUGAGAAGAACUCUCGUUUCGAGAAGUGGACGUCAUAUCUGACUGAAGUGAACGCCUGCAGUAACGGCAUCACAGUCGAUCUUACUCCACCUACACCGGGGACAGUGAAGGUUGAAAACCUUACAGAGGGGACUUUCCAGGUCAGCCGGACAGAAGUUGCGAUCAGAUGGACACGUUUUACUGAUGUGGAAGAGGACAGUUUCUCUGCUCACACUACUGGGAUUGCCUAUUACGAAGUUGCUAUAGGUACCAUCUCUGGUGGACAAGAUGUGGUUACCCACACUAUUGUUGGAUCUGUGAACAAGUAUAUUCUACACAGACUUAAUCUGCAGACCGGAAGUACACACUAUGCCUCUGUGAGAGCAACAGAUUUUGUGAACAAAACAACAGUUGCUGUAUCAGGGGCUUUCCUUGUCGACUCCACACCUCCAGCACUAACUGGACAACACAUACAAGUGGAGGAACGAUACAUUACAUCACAUCUUAUACAUGUUUGUUGGAACAACGUUUUCUCAGACGAAGAAAGUGGAACUGAGGCAUACACUGUUGCUAUGGGUACCAGGCAUGCGUAUGCAGAUGUUUCCGAGUACAUAACGACCGAUCAGGAGUGUUUGGACAUUAACACACUUAACAAAAUAGAGGAUGGUCACUCUUAUUAUAUCACUGUGAAGGCCUUCAACGGUGCAGGUCUGUACACAAUGUCCUCGUCACGGCCUUUGGUUGUGGACACCACGCCUCCAUCUACUGGCCAUGUCUUUGACGGAGUACAAUCAGCUGCCACACCUGGUGACAAAGACAAGGACUACAUCACCAGUGUCUCAGAGAUGGGGGCCUACUGGGAAGGCUUUGAUGACCCACAUUCAAGUGUUGCCACGUACACGGUCAAGGUCGGGACCUGCGCAGGCUGUGAUGACACAAUGAAUGAGUCCAAGACAGGAUUAAAGCAAUACAUCAGCCUCCAGCACAUCCUGCUCUCCCCCGGAGUGAAGUACUUCACCACAGUGACAGCCUGUAACACGGCAGGCCUCUGCAGCAGCUCCUCCACCUCAGACGGUGUCAUCCUGGACAGCUCCCCGCCAGUUACUGGCACAGUGCAGGAUGGCACAGGCGACGUGGACAUACAGUUUCAGGCGGCCAGGACAUUCAUCGGGUGCAAGUGGCGAGGCUUUAGCGACCCUGAAUCAGGAUUAGACCACUACGAAUGGCUUGUAGGGACAGAACCCGGAGCUGACGAUAUUCUUGCAGCCAGGAAUGCAGCCUUGGGCGAGGUCAUCUUUCACACCAUACCACAUAAUCAACAGCUGCCCGUAGGACUGACAUUGUACAACACUGUCCGGGCGUUCAACAAAGGAGGACUGUACUCAGAGGCGACGUCUAAUGGGGUACUAGUGGAUGACAGUGCCCCCAUUGUAGUCACGCGACCGGCAGUGAAAAGUUUAAUGUCCCUUGUUCCGAACACGACAGUCAGUCGGACAGUUCUGGGUUUACACUGGGAGUUCCAGGAUGCUGAUUCCUUCAUGAAGCGCCAUUACCUCUCCUUAUCAUCGCACCAGCUGGGAGAGAUAAAUAGUUAUAAUUUAGAGGUACCAGGUUUACUUCGAGAAUACACCAUCGUGAACCUGGACUUGCAUGAUGGCAGUAGAUACACGGUGAAGGUUACUGCAUGCAACAUGGCGGGUCUCUGUGCAUCAGCAAAUACAAAUAACAUUUUGGUUGACAGCUCUAAACCAAAAACAGGUACAUUUGCCACAGAAACUGACCACGCAGUGAAACUCUCACGUCAUCAUCCAGAUUGGAUGACAUGGAACAGGACCAGUCUAAAGCUUGCCUGGCUUGGCUUCUCUGAUCUACAUUCUGGAAUAGACCAUUACCUUGUAUCAGUAGGAUCUCAAGCAUUCGGAACAGACUUCAAUACCGGCAAACUACCAGAAAAGGUCUUCCACAGUACCACGGGCGUGGACAGGGGCGAUGAAGGAAUUCUUCAAAGUUUUACAAUACCCACUCUGAACCUGCCGUCGUCAGGAUCUGUGUUUUUAGCUAUCUGGGGUGUAAAUGGGGUUGGUCUACAGAGUGAUGCCUACCACGCUGAACUGGUCCUGGAGGCGGACUCUUCUCUGUGGCUGGUGAGGAGGUGCCAGGCCUACAACUGUGAGGGGCACUGUGUCUGUGCUGUGCAGGGUGGUACUUGUUCACCCAGUAAAGCAUGUACACAACACAAAACAGGUGGAGCAAAGAUAAACAUCACUAUCAACGACGUUGUUGACCUCAUGUCCCCGGGGGGUUCUAAUGACGUCGACGUCAGUCUGUUCAACACUGUGAUGGCCGCCACCUGGUCUGACUCGUCACGAGGAUCGCCUGUUACGCGAUAUGAAUACAGUAUAGGAGAGAGUGGUGGUUCGUUGCCAGGCGGUGUGUUUUAUACCGCGACAGAAAGAGUUUGGUUCGAUGCAGGUCAACAAACAUCUACUAUUUUGCCAUUACCUACAGGCAGGUUUCUGACAUCUGGAGUGAAAUAUUCCUUCUUUGUGAGGGCGUGGUAUAACGAAACCUACAUCAUCUUCAAAUCGGAUGGCGUCCUCAUCCAAAUAGCACCACCUACAGUAACAGAUAAAACGGGGAACGCUGUAAAGGAGCUUGUACAUCCAACUGAGACCAAAGACACAGACUUCCAGACACAGAAUGGAACUCUAUUUAUCCAGUGGAGUGGCAAGUUCCUUCAGGGCCAGAGCGGCAUCAACAGAUACAGAAUCUUCAUCAGCACAGUACCGGGAGGUCACAGUAUCCACGCUUCAGGGGACCUGACCACCACCAGUUACACAGCAACAGGUCUCAGUCUACAUCCAAACACAGUCUAUUACUCCAGUGUCCUAGCUUACAACAAGGCUGGUCUGGUCAGCUGGGCCUACUCUGAUGGAGUACAGGUGGACGUUCUGCCUCCAGUGACAGGCAGAGUGAAAGAUGGACCAGAUGUUCAUGACUUGGACUACCAGAGAUCUCCUGAUGAAAUCUCCGCCUCCUGGUACGGAUUCUCUGACACAGACUCCUCCAUUGCCAAGUAUUUCUGGUGUGUGGGAACAGUCAACGACACUACAGACUGCAGUGUGAUGGACUGGAUUGAUGUUGGACUGCACACAUCUUCUAGGAGGUCGCUUUCUUCUCUAUUCGUAAAUGGUACAAGAUUAUGGAACAAGGUGUAUGCUGUGGAUGCUGUAGGUUACACCUCGGAUAUAGUUGUAUCUGAUGGAGUCGUUAUUGAUGCAUCUCCACCUGAACGUCAGGCUCUGGCGUAUCUGGGUGACAACCUGGUGAAGAACCCAUCAUUCGAGCUUGAGGAUAUUCCUGGUAAUUCCACACGCUGCAACCUUGUUAUACCGACAACGUGGGAAACUGACACAACGUCCUGUGUAAAGGUUCUGGCGCCCGGAUCACCUUUAGCUAAAGACGGACAUAUGUUUGUGUCCAUCAGUGGGAGAAUUCACCAAAGGAUCUCUGGUCUUGAGACUGGGAGGCAGUACAAGCUGACUCUACAUGCUGGAUACCCAGAAACUGUUUCCAACAACCACAGGUCGGUUGAUGCAAUAGUUACAAUAGGCAGUGAAGUCUUCAGCUUUACACUUGACCCUAACCUCUGUAGAGGCACCUGCAGUGUCGGAGAUCACUCAGUCGUCCUCUGGAACAAACACACAUACAGGUUCACAGCCGUAGAUACAAGUGCAGUACUGAAGAUAGCGUCAUCGUCCAGGAUGAUGGAGUUUGUAUUGGACCAUGUGAGUGUUCAGACUGUGGACUAUGUUGCUGGUCCGGACAGUGUGGAUACGGAGGAACAUCUGGUGGUCCACUCUGUGUUCCUGUCUCACUGGUCAUCUCUACAUGCUUCCUGGCACUUUGUGGACCAACAGUCUCCAAUCACACAAUACAAGUGGGCGAUCGGCACAGUUCCAGGUGGUACACAUGUACAGGGCUACACGGACGUAGGGAGAGAAACCCAGGGAACACUAUCUAACUUGCAACUGUCCCAUGGUGCUACUGUUUACAUUACUGUCAUGGCAACGAAUGCCGCGGGGCUGUCCACAGUUACAUUCUCUGAUGCCAUCACAGUAGACAUGACCGCACCACAGUUCGACUUCAUCAGUGAUGGGCUUGAUGGAUCAGAUGAAGACUAUCAGACAUCAGCUGUGGUAGGUGUCUACUGGCAAGCAAGAGAUGAAGAAUCAGGUGUAGAACACUGCGACUGGGCUAUCGGGAGAACACGAGGCAGCAGUGACAUAAAGCAGUUUGAGAGGGUGUCCACAGGUCAGUCCACAGCUCAACAUGACAUCAGCUCUAAGCUCCACACAUCGUCCAUGACAGUCUACACAACAGUCCGGUGCUUUAACAAUGCAGGACUGGUGGCGGCCAUGACGUCAGAUGGAGUUGAGGUGAUCCAGGCGAGGAACCAAACAUCAGUUCCAGGCUUCAGUAUCCUGAGAGAAAGUCAAUCGGUGUACAGUGAGCGGGAUGUGUGUCACCAGAGUCAGGAGAAAGUCAGGCUCCGGUGGGAUGCAGCAGGCAGCAAUUUCAAAACAGUUGUGUUGCUGAUGUUUCAGAUUGGUAUUGAGGGAGAGAAGCGGACACAGCAGAGUGUUGUCCCCGUCCAUCUGGACUACACCUUUGCCACACUGUCGGGUGUAACUCUAAAGAGUGGAUCGACAUAUCAUGUCCUCAGCUUUCCUGUUGAUGUACUUGAAACAAAAGGAGAAACAACUUUGUUGAACUUCACCAUGCAUGGGGUUUCCCCACUGGUAGCAGCUUCUGGUCAUUUGUCUGUGGUCAAAACUGGAGUCCAACUGACCGUCUCCUGGCGGAAUGUGUUCGCCUCACCCUGGGACGACCUCAAGUAUGAAGUUCACGUUGGAACAGUUCUUGGGGGCGCCGAAAUUGUCGACAGGCUGUUAACAGAAGACGACGAGAUGACUCUGACUUUGAAUUCCAAAUAUCGGAAACUUGAUGCUAUAUAUGUUACUUUAAGCGCUAUUGAUACAUGUGGUCUACCGACUCAGUACACACAAACAAUAAGUUUGAACUGAAUGCAAGUGGUUGUUUUUUGUUCGAAAUAAUGCUUCACUAUAUAGCUACACCCGCUGCCCUGCUGCAAUUGAUAACCUUGGUUGAUGUUAUAACUGACGCCGACGUUUUGAUGGCCUUCCACAUACUACAAUUAUAUAAUUUGAAUAGUAUUUUUCAUUGAAUAAACAAUUAUGCUUAUACGAACACAUAUAUUCAUUUGGUGUGAUGCAAAUGACACACAUAAUAUGCCGCUCCGGUGAAACGUUUCUUGGCUUCUUUCGCGUGCAGAUUCUGACACAUAAUGAGACUAGAAACGGGGGCUGAUGAACAGUGGAUAUUUAUGGUGGAUUAUUAUGUUUCUAUACUUACAUGGCAUGUUAUUUGUAUUCUAUUACAUUUUUAUUGCAAUAAAACUCCUUUCAUUGAA